AUGAAGCAAACGCCAAAAGUGUUGACAGUGUUGUUUCACGUUGCAACGGUGGCAAUACUGACUCUUUUUCGGAUCCCCUACACUAAUUUAGAGAUGGAACAUAUUCCUCCUCUUAAGCAAGAGAUUCUGGAGGAAACUAAAGAUCAUACGGUUUACUGCGACAGUGACAAUAUGAGAGAGGACGAUGCUGGCGCCCAAAAAUGCGUCGCCUGCCCCCAAAAUGCGAGCUGUGCAGGAGGCACGAUGGCAUGUAUCCCUGGGUACAUUUCUCAAGAGAGGAAAGAGGGACAGGCAGAAGCAUCAAACACUUGUGUCGAAGACACUGAGAAAAAGGCUAAGGCAGCUGAACUUUUUAAAUCACUUGUAGAAAUAUUGAAGGAGCGUCAGGGUACGUACGACUGCGGAUACCCGGUGGACCCUCUAUUUAUUCCCACAGACCAGCUACGAGGGAAGCCCUGGAACAGUGCAAUUACAAAAAUGUGCAGCGGCCCCGGGCUAACCCGCUGGCAAAUGAACUUUCACCGGCAGAUUGCACCGGCUAUUGCUGACGAAGGGGUGUACUUCUGGUUAUUCUCCCACUUCUUAAUCCCAGAAGCGGCUGCCGAAUUUGACAUCCAGGUCAGCAAGUCAAACUAA